GUCAUAAUGAAAUUAAUAUUAUUAUUGGUUUCUGUUAAAUAAAAUAGUUCUUCUGUCUGCUCUCUUUUUCUGCCCCUUUCUUUCAAAACCCUAAUCCCGUCGAUUCAGUCUGGGCCUCGAAACAUCUAUCCCGUCUUUCGUCUCUCUUCUUCCCCAUUUUCCCUCCCUGCUAACCUCUUUUUGUCCAAAAUCAAUCCGUCUGCUCUCACCUGCCAUCUCUCGCGCGCUUCGAUUGCCCUUCUCCGAUCGCUUUCGCCGCCGCCGCCGCCGCCGUGGUUGCAACAUCGAUCACUCCGUCUCGUCCUCUCUCCCCUCCAAUCUUUCUUCCAGGUUGGCAUCCCUCCUUUCUCUCUCCUGUAUCUUUCUACCGUGAUUUUGAAUUCCGUAUUCAUUCUGGGUGAAUUCCUCGACGAGCUGGCACAAUUGCAAUUCGAUUGUUUCAGUCGGCUCGGGACUCGGAGUUGGGGGAUGAAUCCGUGGCGUGUAGUUUUAGUAGGGAUCUCCUUGGUUGUCAAUCGUCGCUGAUGUUGAGAAUGGCGUGAUUCUAUUUUGUUAAUCCCUAAUUCCGCCCAAUUACUGAUCAAUUGUGAUGGAAAAUCCCAUCCCCCGCCGGUGCUUUGGCUUUGAUCUUUUUCUGUCUUCAAUUUUGUUGUAAUCAAUCCCCACGUCUUGUGCUACGGGAUCAGCUGUCAAACUGGAUUAUGGACUCUCUUGGCUGUUCGUAGGGGUGGAUGGAGAAUCUUGAUUUCACUAUUCCGGCAAUAACUUCUGAUGAGUUCUGAUAAGGGUGGAUGAGUCUGAAUAGUAGUAGUCUACACUGUACUAUGAGGAAGUGAAACGGAGUUUGUAAACGUUUGGACUUGAGUUUGCUGGCCUGGUUGCGCGGUUAAUAAUUGUUCUUUCCAACCCCUAGCUGUUGUGCUUCAUUUCUUAGUUGGAAUGCAAAAUGUAGCACUUUCUUCCUUCUCAUUGGUGAUGUUGGCCCUAAGUUUGGAGUGGGUUCGAUGUUUUGAUCGCCCCAUCACCACUAUGCAAUCCCUUGGAGUUGUUUAUUCUUGAGAUAUUCUGUGGGUUUGUAGAAUACUUUUGGUCUAAUAGGGUUGAUCAGCAAUGGCUUUGUGGUGGAUAUAUUCAAGCCGAAAUGGAGAAGUGCACCUCUUGGAUAUGAUAUGAUAUGAUAUGAUAUGAUAUGAUAUGAUAUGAUAUGAUAUGAUAUGAUGCUUGCUUUCAUGCGAUCUAUCUUAUGAGAGUUUAUUCUAUGAGGAGGGAGCAUCUGGUCAAAGCUUGGAAUUGUUACCUUAAUUGCGGAAGAUGUUUGAGUAGCAAUCCUCCUGUUACUUGCAUAAGAUGUGGUCUUAUUAAUGGCUGUGUUGGGAUUGUUAUCUCAUGUGGUUCUUCUAGCUUUCGAUGAAAUUCCCACAAUGGUUCGAAUAGAUACUUGCUGGCUAUAUCUUUUGACACAGAAAUUAAGAAAACUGAUUGAAGACAGCUGACAGUUGUUUCUAUGGCUUGAAAUUCCCACAUUGGUUCGAAAGAUGCAACGUUAUUGUUGUUGGAUUUCUUUGAGACGUCUGAAACAGGGUAAAUGCAAGAGUGUGGGGCCUGCAAUUCCUUCUUGUGUGGGCUACAUCCGCUACAAGUAUAAGAGUGACAAAACCAUAACGGAAUGAACUUGCCCACAUGGAUAUAGGAAGAAAGAUAGUUGUCUGACCGGUUUUGAACUCUAUAAAGAAUCCCAUUCUCUGUGGGGGAAUAAUUGUGCGUUAGCUAUUGUCCUACCACAGCUGCUUGUCUUUGAUUUUGUUCCGACUUAUACGUGCAGACAACAAACUGUUGUUUUGCACCUUUUCUCAAGUUACUGCCAUUAUGGACUCUGUCUAUAUUAAGAUUCGUCCUUUUGUUUGUUACUCAAAUAAUGAGCAUACUUCCUAGUGUGAGUCUGACCAGAAAAUGUUGUCUUGUUGUCUUAAAAACUUACAGGAGCCAGUCUCUACUUCGAGGUAGUGAUGUCUCCGGCAUCAAGAGCCAAGAACAAGGACAAGAAGUCUGGCAAAGAACCACAGAAGGCAUUAUCAAAGCCUCCAUCAGGCACUGUUAAUGGAGGUAGCAGUAGUAGCAUCCCAGCCAGUGCAUACAAUCCACUGUCUGGAACAUUCCAUACCCUUGAAACAGUGCCAACAUCUGCCGCCUCUCCCAUACACAACAAUGGCAGAUUCCGCAACAUAGAUGAGACAGAUGAUCAGUUUGGUGGAGCUGGUGGUGUGGAAUAUGAUUCUGUCUCAAACAAUGGAAGCUGGUCUGGUGAUUCAGAAGAUCACCACAAGGAGAAGACCUCCAACACGCCAGCACGCCAGGAAGCAACAAUUCCGGGUGUUGCUGACAAUGACAAGAGAGAGAAAAUCCGUCAGAAGAAUGAGAGGAAGCAUCAGCGCCAGAAGGAAAGGCGAGCACAGGAAUUGCAUGAGCGGUGCAGCGGCUAUCUGAUGUCAAGGAAGCUCGAAGCACUUGCUCAGCAGCUCGUUGCCAUGGGAUUCUCACACGAAAGAGCUACCAUGGCUCUAAUACUUAAUGAAGGUAAAGUAGAGGAAUCUGUGUCGUGGCUGUUUGAAAGUGGUGAAGAUACAGAUGAUAAACACAGAGAUCAGAAUCUCGGUGGCGGUGGGAAUCUGAAAAUUGAUAUAUCGGAUGAGCUUGCUCGGAUUGCUGAUUUAGAAGUGAGAUACAAGUGCACAAAGCAAGAGGUUGAAAGGGCAGUAGUUGGUUCUGAAGGUGACCUUGAUAAAGCUGCAGAGAGUUUGAGGAGGAUGAAGCUUGAUCCUCCUCCUGCACCUCCAAAGCCUGAAGAAACUGGUGAUCCCCCAACAAUGGUUAACGGUGGGAAGGGGGUUCCAGUAUCUGUCAGUCAUCAGAAUGUUAUGAGACCUCAAGUAAGACCAAAUCAUAGUCAACCUUCUGUGGCUAUACAACAGAGACGAGAUGAUAAUAGAGACUUCAACUACAUGAAAGCUGCUGUUCCUCCUGCCUUGGCAGGAGGAGGAUCUCCUGAACCUGGGAUGGUGAAGAACUUACAGCAGCCUUUGAACAGAAUACAACCGACAAAGUUGGUCUCUGGUGUGAUGGUAUUAGAGAAAAGGUGGACUGGUGUGCCAACAUCUAAUAAUAUUCCAUCUGUUUCUUACUCUCUGUCGUCUCCUUUGCAAGUUUCACCACAACCACCCAAGGCAGAUACCAGCAGGUAUGCAUCAUCAUCAUCUGUUGGGAGUGAAUAUAAUAACAAGAACUUUCUCCCUGGUGGAACUACUGUUAGAGAACCUGUAAUCAUGAUGCAGCGACCCCAAACUACUGUAAAUACGAAACAACUUCCAGCAGUUACAAGCAUGAGCUCAUCGCCUCCACCUGGGUCUGCUGGCCUCAGUUGGUACCCUCCAAACGGCAUUGAUAUGAUGAAGCCCGGCAACGGAUUUGUUCCCCAGAUUCCAAGCAGCCUAAGCCCAAACCACCUAACUUCUUCUAGUCAGAUGUUCCACAACCAUCAUCUUCCGUAUCAGCAGCAGCAGCAGCAUUUUAUUCCUGGAAGCAGUCCCCUAGAGACAAGCAGAGGAGGGAAUGGGUUAUGGAGUAACAGACCAGGGUCAGCGUCAACCCUUGCUGCUGCUUCUAACCUUGGCCUCUUCUCUGGCUUCGGCUCGACUGUUUCGUCGGGGGCCUCCUCACCGGUGGAUUGGACCACUGCAAGCUCAAUGGCACAGUUAGACUACACGAACAUAGACUGGAGUUUGGAUCGGAGUUUGUCUUCUCCAAGGCCUAAUGCUACAUUCUGUCUAGGGCAAGGGUCGAUAAAGAAUGGUGCCACCCAGGGUUAUGACCCUACAGGGUCAGGGUUGGGUGCAAAGCUUGCGAUGAGAGCAGCUCCAAGUAUGAAUGGUGUAGGUGGCUUUGCAGGGCUGCAGGAUGGUGGCGGGGUGGCUAACCCGGAAACGUCGGCUGGCGGUUCGCAUGAGUGGACGUCUCCAUUUGAGGGGAAAGAUCUGUUUAGCUUACCCAGACAGUUUGUUUCUUCUCCUUCACUGUAGUAGGGUGGUUUGGGGGAGGCCUUGAAUAAAAAUGAAAAAGGAAAAAAAAAGAGGAGGAAAGAAGGACAAGAAAAAUGUGUUUGAAUUUUAUGGUUGCUGUUGGGUUGUCUGCUUUUCUGUCGAUUUGUUGAAUAUCCUUAGUGAAGAUAAGUGGCAUCUCAACGAGUUAUAUUUUCUUGAAUUCUGCCGUUCCCUUUGGAUUUACAGUUCCUGAGAGGUUAGAGAGGAAGCAUGUUGUGUGAUUGAUGAACUUUGAAUCAGUAAGGUUACGAGUCGAAAGCGAGUACCCUCGUGAACCCGCACCAUCUUCCAAACUAGCAGGGAGGGUCAAUGCAAAAUUUCCAUGGUUCACUGAGCAGAAAUGGUUUCAACUCUCAAUUGAGCUUAAAGACCUUAGUAAAUUAAUACAGUAAUC